AUGAGUAGAAGCAAAUGCCCAGUGGGACUGAUGCCUUCCGUGGUGGCCCCGGCUAAGGAGCCCAACGCCCUGUGCCCGAAGGCGGUGGAACUUGUCCUGGUCAAGGAACAGAAUGGGGUGCAGCUCACCAACUCCACCCUCGUCAACUCCCCACAGACCCCGGUGGAGCCCCAGGAACGGGAGACCUGGAGCAAGAAGAUAGACUUCCUCCUCUCGGUGAUUGGCUUCGCAGUGGACCUGGCCAACGUCUGGCGGUUUCCCUACCUGUGCUACAAAAACGGCGGGGGCGCCUUCCUGGUCCCCUACCUGCUCUUCAUGGUCAUUGCGGGGAUGCCGCUCUUCUACAUGGAGCUGGCCCUCGGGCAGUUCAACAGGGAGGGAGCUGCCGGCGUCUGGAAGAUCUGCCCUGUACUCAAAGGUGUGGGCUUCACGGUCAUUCUGAUCUCGCUCUACGUUGGCUUCUUCUACAACGUCAUCAUCGCCUGGGCGCUGCAUUACUUCUUCUCCUCUUUCACCAUGGAGCUGCCCUGGACCCACUGCAACAACACCUGGAACAGCCCCAACUGCACAGACUCCUACUUCGGCAACACCAGUGACGGCUCGGGCCUCAACGACAGCUUCAGGACCACGCCUGCCGCCGAGUACUUUGAGCGCGGCGUGCUGCACCUCCAUGAGAGCCGCGGCAUCGGCGACCUGGGCCCUCCCCGCUGGCAGCUCACAUCCUGCCUGGUGCUGGUCAUCGUCCUGCUCUACUUCAGCCUGUGGAAGGGGGUGAAGACUUCGGGGAAGGUCGUGUGGAUCACGGCCACCAUGCCAUACGUGGUCCUUUUCGCCUUGCUCCUGCGAGGAAUCACUCUCCCUGGAGCCAUGGACGGCAUCAGGGCGUACCUGAGCGUUGACUUCCGUCGGCUCUGUGAGGCGUCCGUUUGGAUCGAUGCUGCCACCCAGAUAUGCUUCUCACUGGGCAUUGGGUUUGGGGUGCUAAUCGCCUUCUCCAGUUACAAUAAAUUCACCAACAACUGCUACAGAGACGCCAUCAUCACCACCUCGGUCAACUCCCUGACGAGCUUCUCCUCGGGAUUCGUGGUCUUCUCCUUCCUGGGGUACAUGGCCCAGAAGCACAGUGUGCCCAUCGGGGACGUGGCCAAGGAUGGGCCAGGGCUGAUUUUCAUCAUCUACCCGGAGGCGCUGGCCACGCUCCCGCUGUCCUCUGCCUGGGCUGUGGUUUUCUUCAUCAUGCUGCUCACCCUGGGGAUCGACAGUGCCAUGGGCGGGAUGGAGUCAGUGAUCACCGGGCUCAUUGAUGAGUUCCAGCUGCUGCACAGGCACCGGGAGCUCUUCACCCUCUUCAUCGUCCUGGUCACCUUCCUUCUCUCCCUCUUCUGCGUCACCAAUGGUGGCAUCUAUGUGUUCACUCUGCUGGACCACUUUGCAGCCGGCACAUCCAUCCUCUUUGGGGUGCUCAUCGAGGCCAUCGGGGUGGCCUGGUUCUAUGGCGUGCGGCAGUUUAGCGAUGACAUCAAGCAGAUGACCGGGCAGCGGCCCAGCCUCUACUGGCGGCUGUGCUGGAAGUUCGUCAGCCCCUGCUUCCUCCUGUUUGUGGUCGUGGUCAGCAUUGUGACCUUCAGGCCCCCGCACUAUGGAGACUACGUCUUCCCCGAGUGGGCCAACGCACUGGGCUGGUCCAUCGCAGCGUCCUCCAUGUCCAUGGUGCCCAUCUACGCGGCCUACAAGUUCUGCAUCCUGCCCGGGUCCCUGCGGGAGAAAGUGGCCCACGCCAUCACCCCCGAGAAAGAGCGCGAGCUGGUGGACAGCGGGGAGGUGCGCCAGUUCACGCUGCGCCACUGGCUCAUGGUGUAGCGGGGAGUGGAGAAGGAAGGCCCUGGGCAGCCGUCCCUGUGGGAGAGACGCAAACCAAGACGGAAAAGCCGAGCUCGGACAGAAAGGAGGGCUGCUCCACUAUUUAACUUCUGCUUCGCUGGAAACACAGGAGCUUUAUCUUCUGACUGUUUACACCCUUAUGCCACGAGGAGAGGGCCUGCCGUCGUCCUGUGUCGCUGUGUAACCCCGUAGAUCUGUGCCCAUUCCCGCAGGUAGAAAACUGUGUUCUAUUCAUGUAACACGUUCCCCACCCUCAGCCGCCAUCCAGAGCACAGGCCUCAUCUGUGUGCUGAAAAGAAAUACAGAAAUUAUUCGUGCACGCUGUGAGAGCCCAGUGCUCACAGCAGCUCCCUGGGUCACUUAUUUUGUUCAUAUUUUAAAAAUAAUACCAUAUUUUGCCUAAUUGUGCACAAGGUGAAAUGGAAGAACUGCAAAAGUUGAUCAAGUGAGGGGCGGGGCGGGGAUGCUCAUGUCUCCAUGUUACACACUGCGUCUGUUCAGAGCCACGGAGGGCGAGGGUCCGUGUAUGAAGGGAAGGCUAUUUAUGUCCUUGUCACUGAGAAAAACAAAUCCUGUGGCAUCUGUAUGGCCGCCACCACUCCUGCCUGGUGUGGGCCGUGGUCAGCUCAUGCUCACCUUGCUGUGGAUCCCCAGCUCUGGGCCCCGACCAUGCAGAGCCCCGCAGGCAGGCAGCCUGGGACCCCGCCAGGAUUGUAUUUCUCUCUGGCACACAUCACAUCGAUAAAAACACUUUUUAAGUUAGGGAAUGGAUUUUUUAAAUCAUAUUUACCUGUGAAUCAAAACUAAUGCUCAGAUGUAGGAUGGGUCUCUGAAAACUGUUUGCUGAUGUCCAGUUGUUGUUUAACAAAACCAAGUGAGGACCCCUGGCCGAGGACUGCUCUCCGGGCACCUGGCGUCUGCCUGGAGGGAGAGCGGCCAUCGGCCUCAGGAUGCACGGGGCUGCUGACCAUACGCUCUGGCACAGCUCUGUGCCCCGUGGAGAAGUCCCACUGCGUGUGCUGGCCUGGCAGGGCCUUCUCAGCACCCCCUACCAUGGACGCUGUCCCCAGGGGGUAUGGAACUUGCCUCUAGGGCGGGGAGGCGGGCGGUGGGGGGACGGACUGUCAGCUGGAGGCUGUCUGCAGUGUGGCCAAGAGGAAUCAGGUCUGUCCUCUCCUCCUUUGGGGGAGCAUCGAGAGCUCCAUGUAGAACACCGGUGUUGUCAAUGUCUGUCUGUGUCCAUACCCAGCAUCACCAACAAUAAAAACUGUAUGCGGGAAA